UUCAAGCAUUCACAUUACGUGUGUGAAAUUCCGCACCAGUAAUGGACAGUAAUUAUGUACAAUAUUGUCUCGCAUAAGAACCUACUUUUUUAAGUUUUAGAGCAUAGGUAUUUUUCUUUAUUAAUUUGAUUCUCGAUUGCACGUUGCUUGGAUUCUCCUGGACACAUCUACUAUAAAUUCGUCGAGUUUUUUGCAAAGAAGACAACUUCAACUAAAGGAUUUGAAAUACAGUUUAAAAAAAUGGGACAGUCAAAGAGUUCGCUCCAACCAGGAGAUCACAUCUACUGCGACAGGAGUGGAAGUUCCUUAUACAAUCAUCAUGGAAUAUAUGUGGGCGAUGGCAUGGUCAUUCACCUCAUGCCACCUUCCAAAACAAAGCAUAGAGGGUCUUCAGCUCCAUGCCCCAAAUGUGGAUACAAGCCAGACAUCAUUACACGAGUCAUCAAAACCUGCCUCGAUUGUUUCUGUGACGGGCACUCAGUAUACGUUAAGUCACAUUGUUGCUCCAAGGCAGCCGAUGAAGUUGUUAAGACAGCCACUGAUUUCCUGGAAAGGAAUGACUUUGGCCCCUAUCGCCUCUUAAAAAGAAAUUGCGAGCACUUUGCUGUGUACUGCAAAACAGGCUCAGCAACAAGUCCUGAGCUCGUGACCAAAAUUGGAGUUCCUCUUGGAGUUGGAGUUCCUCUUCUAAUAGCAACUGGACCUGUAGGUGCAGUAGGCUUCGUCGCAGGUUAUGCUAUUGCAAAAGUGAUCACCGACGCCACAUGACAUCGAUAAGAACAGAUAAAGGUGGUGGUCACUUCCAAAAUUGAUUCACGAGGCAAAAAGUUAUAAAUAAGAAUAAGGAAUGAUAUGCUAAGGCCUAAUAACUAAUGUAAGAAAUUAAGGUCAAAGCUAAAGUGUUGAGAAUCACGUGUAUGUGCACGUGUGAGAAUGUGAUAUGUAUAAUACAUACUAGGGGUUAUACCCGCUAUGCUACGAUGCUGUUAUCAUUAAAGAUAUAAAUAAAAAUCAAUAUAAUUAUGAGAUAAUGUAUUAAUAUAUUUACCCUAAACCCUAAAACAUGCAAUAAUGCAUUAGAUAUUCUCUUUCAAAAGCAUGUCAUAGAUGAGAUAAUAUAAAGUUUUAUUGACAUAUAAUUACUAUAAUGUUAGAUAGACCAUUUUUCUUCUAACAAAG